AUCUGCCGUAGUUUUCGCAUCAGUCCUUCGCUGUCAGAACUCCGGGAAAAAACCAAAAAAUUUUGUUCACUCCAGUCGUGUACGUUUGUGAAGAAAAUCUGUGCAAGCAAUGGCAGCACGUUUAAUUAAGAAAAUUUUGGGAACAGAUGCUGAAAAUUUUCUCAAAAGUUUGUCGCAAAAAGUGAAGGACAAUUGGGUCAAGAUUUACAUAACCUCGCCUUCUCCCGAAGAAAAGCAAAAUAAAAACGAGCCAAUUGUCCAAGCUUCCACUCCGUUUGGUGGACGUGGCUAUGCCUCUGGUGUGAGAAAGGUCACAUUGAUCCCCGGCGACGGAAUCGGACCGGAAAUCUCCGCUGCAGUUCAAAAGAUUUUCACUGCCGCCAAUGUACCGAUUGAAUGGGAGGCAGUCGAUGUCACUCCCGUAAGGAAUCCUGAUGGCAAAUUCGGCAUCCCGCAAAGUGCCAUUGAUUCGGUGAAUCGCAACAAAGUUGGCCUUAAGGGACCGCUGAUGACUCCGAUUGGCAAGGGCCAUCGUUCGCUCAACUUAGCUCUUAGGAAGGAAUUCAAUCUGUAUGCCAAUGUGCGUCCUUGCAGAAGCUUGGAAGGCUACAAAACUUUGUAUGAUAACGUCGAUGUCGUUACAAUCCGUGAGAAUACUGAGGGUGAAUAUUCCGGUAUCGAGCACGAAAUCGUUGAUGGUGUUGUCCAGAGUAUCAAGUUGAUCACCGAGGAGGCAUCCAACCGAGUGGCCGAGUACGCAUUCAAAUACGCCAAAGACAACCACCGCAAGAAGGUCACCGUCGUUCACAAGGCCAAUAUUAUGCGUAUGUCGGAUGGUUUGUUCCUCAGAUGCUGCCGUGACAUGGCCAAGAAAUACCCAGAAAUCAAAUUCGAAGAAAAGUACCUGGAUACUGUGUGUUUGAACAUGGUCCAAGAUCCGAGCAAAUUCGAUGUCUUGGUUAUGCCAAAUCUGUACGGUGACAUCAUGUCAGAUAUGUGCGCCGGUUUGGUCGGUGGAUUGGGUCUGACCCCAUCCGGAAACAUGGGUCUUAACGGUGCACUAUUCGAGUCGGUUCAUGGUACUGCUCCCGAUAUCGCUGGAAAGGAUCUGGCUAACCCAACUGCCCUCCUCCUGUCGGCUGUGAUGAUGUUGAGGCACAUGGAACUUAACCAGCAUGCUGAUAAGAUUCAGAGCGCCUGCUUCCAAACUAUCAAGGAGGCCAAAUAUCUGACGGGCGAUCUGGGUGGCAAAGCCAAGUGUUCAGAAUACACCAACGCUAUCAUCGAAAAACUCAACUAAACAUGAUGCUACGAACAUCAUCCACCUUAACACAUAAGCGACAAGCUUCAGUCAGUCAGAUUAUGCCAUAGUUUACCCAUACUGCAAACCAGUAUCGAAUUUCCUUCCAAAACAAAACUACAUAAAGUUAAACAAAUAUUUAUUUCACAAUUGGUAGUUGUUUUCCCGACAACAAAAA